AUGAGUGGGCUCGGAGUUCCUGCAGCGGCAGGCACUGGGGGAGGAGCCGGUGUCGGCAGAGCAGGAGACCAGGGGGGAUCAGCGGCUGCGGCUAUGGAGACUAGUGCACCAGCUACUGUCGCUGAUAUUACUGAGCAGUUUCGGCGUACUCACACUUCUGGAGGCGGGGCAGCAGCCGCAGGCGCAGCAGGUGCAGGGGCUGGGGCUGCCACGGACCCUGCUCUACUUUCCAGGGUGGCGGAGAUUAGGGACGCCAUCCAGGCAGAGACGGUACCACCAGAGUUUACAGCGCUCAUAGAGACAGAGUCCGCUGUACUAGCAGCUGACUUGCGAGCCGUCGUUAAGACCGAGAGGGGUCUGGCGAAGACUCGCAAGCAGUUUUUUGAGGGACAGGUGGCGCACUGCAUCCCGAAGAACUUUGUACCUGAGCUCCACCUCCACACUACAGAGGCACAGGAGCAGCUUCGGACUAGGAUGCAGGAGCUUCAGCAGCACGCACAGGGACAGAUGCAGCUGAUUCUUAUCAGCGGACAGGUGGAGGACUUGCAGCAGCUUCAGACUCGGGUCACUACCUGGCGUGACAGGCUUCUCGUGACGAUAGACGACCGACUUGCGAGAGCCUGUGACGUGGGGUUCCUUGCGCAGCAGUUUGCAGCAGAGCCGGCACGCUCUGCUAUCUGGCAGAGCAUCCAGACGCUGAGGGUUAGGUGCCACGCUGCUGUUACAGACGCACUCCUCCGUGUAGGGCUGCAGCACCGGCAGUACGCAGACACUGAGAGCAGGCGGGUGGAGCAGCAGCAGCGUCAGAGAGAGCGACGUCAGGAGCGGCGUGAGCAGGCAGAGGCGACGCCUGUAGACCAGACCAUGGGAGAGUUUGUCCCCAGGGAGGUCGAGAGGCAGGUGGGCGCCUGGCAGGACGAGGCCCGGGAGCAGCUUCGUCGCAUCCUCGAGCGACUUGACCGUUUGGAGGGGCGGCGCUCAGGGCAGUCAGGCCAGCAGCAGCGAGGCAGGACCAGGACUAGGGAGGUUACGGGAGACGGACGCCUGGAGUCCGUCUCUCCUGUCCGUAGCCGCACUCCGCAGGGCCGACAGGGCAGCCGCUCACAGCCUACUCAGGGAGCGGGUGCACAGACUGCAGGGUCCCUCGUACCUUCCCUUUUCUGGCGCACCUGCGCAGCAGCAGUUCUACCAGCAGCCUUUUUUGGGGCCUUCUUUCCAGCAGCAGCAGUUUGGAGCACCCCUCCGGCAGCAGCAGUUUGGAGCACCUCCUCCGACCCCCCCACAGCCCCCCCUGCCACAGCAGCCUCCACAGGGUCAGGGGGAGCAGCAGGGGCAGGCGAGGCAGUAGAGGGAGUCGUGGGGGAGGAGGUCGGUCUUAGGAGGAGGAGUAGGCCACGUAGGAGGCUGGAGGAGAGUGACACCGACCGUCUUUUGAGACUGUUUGCUAGGCGCUCUGUGCAGGAGGUGGCGGACAAGCUAACUAACGUGGCUGUCCACAACCUUUCGCGCAGGCAGUUGUCAGAGGAUGAGCUUGCAGGCCUCGCCCUUGGCCUCAAGUUCAUCCCGACACCACCCUCCUUAGACCAGGAGCAGCUGAGACAGGCGGUGGAGCAGUUUCAGAGGAGGGUCAGGCUGGCUUGGCAGUUCCGGGACAGUCGCAGACCAGUACCCAGGUUCAGAGUCCCACGUCCCAGCUGGCAGCCGAGUUCGGGACCAGAGGAGGUUGAGGAGUACCUGGCCGGGGUAGCUGACAGGGUAGAGGGUUUGUCGGAGCUGAUAGGGGGGCCAGCGCGGCCCAACGUGAGCAGGAGGGUGUUGGGCGCGCUGCAGAGGUUGAGUCGGGACCGGUCUAUAGUUAUUAAACCGGCCGACAAAAACCUUGGGAUUGCGGUGUUAGACAGGGAGUGGUACGAGGGGGAGGCGCUGAGGCAGCUGGGGGACAGGGCGGUUUACGAGCCGGUGGCUAUGGUGCCGUUGCAGGGACUUUGGGGGCAGUUGUGUCGGUGGGCAGAGCAGGCACGCCUGGCAGGGUUGCCGUCGCAGGUGUUAGACUUUAUCCUGCAGCCGCGCACUCCGUGUUUGGAGCGGGCUACCAGGGCUUGGGAGCGGUUUCGGGUGUGCAGAUUCUACUUGCUACCGAAGCUGCACAAGACUCCAGUAGCCGGCAGGCCUAUCUGCUCGUCCACGCUCUGGGUUUUUGAGCAUGCAUCGGCAGUCUUAGACCACUACCUCCGCCCUUUACUACGGUUUUCACCCUCGCACCUUCCAGACUCACUUGCACUUUUGCACCAGCUAGAGGACCUUCGUGUGCCAGCAGAGGCUCUCUUCUUGACCUACGACGUUGAGAGCCUCUACCCGUCGAUCCCUAUCGACGCAGGUAUCAGCUGCAUCGAGAGGUGGUUGCUUCGGUGGGCAGCACAGGAGAGGAUUUCAGGGGGGGUAGCAGACACACUGGUGCAGCUGUUGGGGUUGGUCAUGAGGCAGAACCACCUCGAGUUUGGUGGUCGUUUUUGGCGGCAGGUUCGGGGGACUGCUAUGGGCACGCCUGUAGCAGUGAUCUACGCGGUUCUGUUCAUGGCUUGGUUAGACGAGAGGUUGCUAGAGACAGAGCCCGAGUUGUCGCAGCACGUCCUUCUCCACCGCAGGUUCAUAGACGACGGGGUGGUGGUUUGGACGGGGACACGGGAGCGGCUGCUGGAGUGGGUGGGGGCGUUUGGUGGGUUGGAGCAGACUAUUCGACUGACCCACGAGAUCUCCACCUCACAGUUCACCUUGCUGGAUAUCACGUUCAGCAAGGGAGAGCUCUGGCAGACGACGGCUAUCUUGGACACCACGACCUUCCAGAAGCCGCUCAACGUGUACCAGUACUUUCCUUUCUCCUCCGCGCACCCCUCUCACUGCAAGAGGGGCUUCAUCUUGGGUGAGCUGCAGCGGUACAUUCUGAGGGAGUCCAGUUCUCGAGGGUUUAGGAGUAUCAGGUCGGCCUUCUACGCUCGGCUGCGGGCGCGGAGGUACCCAGACACUUUCUUGCAGCCGAUCUUCAGCAGCAUCUCCUACGCACGACGCCCGGAGCUUCUUGCCAGGUCACGGGCUCGGGGGGAGGGGGAACAGGAGGCGCAGCAGCGGGUUCUCCCUCUUGUUCUCGACUUCCACCCGAGUGUGCAGCAGGUCCGCUGGGGUAGGUUGCUGGCCUUCCCUCCAGAGGCACCAGCGUUUGAGCAGCUUUCUCACUACAGGGCACCUUUCGUGUCCUACAGGGCACCUCCGUCGCUCCGACAGCUACUCGUGCGAGCGUCGUUCAGGUGA